GUUAGAAGGAUUAGGUGAAGGGAGUGGCCGAGUUAUCAAUAUUUGUAAUUCGAAUAUCUGGAAAUGGCGGAUGAUGCAGUCUGACAGGCAAUGGGUCCCAUUUCAAGGCUUCAACAUACCGUUUGAUCACUAUGCCACAAAGGGCACAACAAAUAUUUCUCCUCAAAAUGCGACAAUUGAAACAGAAACAAAUUAG